UGGGACAGCAAUAGGUUGUAGCUAACUCCAGUAGAUGGCGGUAAGGCAACACAAGGAUGCAAGCUUAGGUUAAACCUCAAAGAAGAAGAAGAGGAACAGGACUCUCACUUUUUUAGCUCACAAAACACAGCUAUUGCAAGAUAGUGCGAUGCUGUUGACACAAAGAUGACCUGCAUGACCCUGCGCCUAUGACCGACAGAGAACAUCUAAUUUAGUUGGUCAAACGCGAGGUUCCACACAGAGAGACCCAUGCUUUCUGAUGAGCUUGACUCCAAACCAGAGCUGCUGGUGCAGUUUGUGCAGAACGCGUCCAUCCCCUUGGUGCAGGGUCUGGAGGAUUUAGAGUCCAAACACUCCUGCCUGCCCCUGCUGGCUCCAGCUGUCAGCUCGCUGUGCAGCCCGCUGGAGCUCACAGGUCACCAGCCCAUCACUGCUCUUCUUUUGUCCCUUACAGCAGAUGGAGGCCUGAGCCAUGUGCCUGAGAGGUCUCCCUCCCUGUCAGAGUUCGGAGGAGUGUCAGUGCGAAGCCCAUUAGUGAUCCAGACACACAGUCACCAACGGGCCUCCCCCAGCCCCCUGCCCAUCCUCCAUGACCUACAGCAGUCCGACAGCACUUCCUACGUCCUACUGAACCUUGCCAAAGCCUCCUCAGAGUCCCUGAUCUUCGCCGCAGACGGCGCCGGGGACGAUGACGACGAGGUGGUCUCGUCGGGGGACUACGGGAUCGACGGCAGUGCUCCCUGGUAUCUGCGGGUGCAGGAGCUCGCGCACGACAGCCUGAUCGCCGCCACGCGGGCACAAAUCGCGAGAGAUGCCCGGGCCUGCCAGGACGCCAGAGCUGCAAGUGUCAGCAAUGGCGACCACACGCAUGGUUCCCCGGCAGACGGGGACAAGCGGGAAAUGCCGACUCGGACCAGCCGCCCCCUCUCCAAGCAGGUCCUCCGCUGCUCCUUCGAGGGCUGCUGCAGGACGUUCACUUGGCCGGCUCACCUCAAAUACCACCUGAAAACACACAGGAACGACCGGAUGUUCAGGUGCGGCGCGGAGGGCUGUGGGAAGAGUUUCUACGUGCUGCAAAGGCUGCAGGUUCACAUGAGGACGCACAACGGAGAGAAGCCCUUCACCUGCAAGGAGAAGAACUGUGGCAAGAAAUUCACCACGGCUGGAAACCUGAAGAACCACAGGCGCAUACACACAGGGGAGAAGCCUUUCCUGUGUGAGGCAGAUGGCUGUGGGCGAUCCUUUGCCGAGUUCUCCAGUCUACGGAAACACAUGCUCGUGCAUUCUGGUGAGAAGCCUCAUCACUGCGGAAUCUGCGGGAAGACUUUCUCUCAGUCGGGCAGCAGGAACGUACACAUGAGGAAGAGGCACGGAGAGGAGGGGCUCGGCAGUGAGAGCAGAGAAACAGGAGAGGCUCUGACACACAGCAGCCUGCUGGAGGCCGACGGCGAGAAUGGAGACACUAUGGUCACCAUGACAACGGCUGUGGAACCCAUGAAUCUCCACCACGCCAUGCUGAGAUCACCAGGCUCCGCGGAUUCGGUGGUCGUCCUCUCUCAGCCCCAUGAAUUGGUGACCAUGACGACGGAAGGGCAUGCGUACGGAGAAGAUGUGGUGGCGCUGCUGUAGUCUGCCAUCGUGAGAAAUCAUGGACACGCUGAACGUCUCUGUGAAUCGACCAGUCGCUGACGUUCAGCCCCUUGUACAUAUUUGUAAUUAUCCACCGAUGAUGCUUUUAUUUUGAAAUGGCAAAGUUUGUACAAACAACCUUUUUCCUCAUGUUUUUUUUUUGUUGACAAAUACUCCCAAAGAAAUAAUGAGACGGGUUUCAAAGUUUAUGAAAAUAUAAUGACCAUGCAUUGUACAAUAUGUAAACAGCAGCGAUGAUGAUUUAGAAAUGGAAUGGCUGUAAAUGUACCAGUUGCCCAUUAUUACUAACUACAGCACAGGGUCAUGUUGCUGCAUGUAAACAUUGGUCUUGAAAAACCCCUUACAAGACAGACAGACCCCCCCCUCCAUGAAAACAUCACUCUCAAACAAAUUGGGUUUCCGGUAAUGCCCACAGCUGCAUUAACGGUUAAAGGCAACAUCUCUCACUCAAGUGUCACCCUUCAGUCCUCCACUUGUUCUCGGAGUAAGACAACACAUUGCUCCUUUACAAUACAUUAACACUUGAAUGCUUUUUUAAACGAAAUUAUGAAUUACUCAUGCAGUCGUUAGAUAACCUGUGUGUUACCGAGCACCACCUACUCCUGCCUUCUCCUCAGAGGAUCUUCAGGUCGUGGAGGUGAUCCAACGUGGCGCCUAAAGCCCAGCUGGCCUCCACGUUGUUCACUUUCUUGGUCAACUAGGAGAGGGGAAGAAGAAAAACACCAAAUCACUCAAAUGCCUUUUGUAUUUAUUUAAAUAAAACAAGUAACAGAA